CCUGAAAGAGCGAAGACGCGGCCUUGCUGGGCGCUUAGAAUAUCCACGAGCACUCUCCCACGGUCUCAUCCUCGAUUCGACUCUGGUUUCUCCUCAAUUCUUACUUGGUAACACGUCGAUACGCACAAAUUUCAGCAUGUCAGGUCUUCCUCCAGUCUACAUCGCCGCUGUGGCAAGAACUCCCGUGGGGUCAUUCCUUGGCUCUCUCUCGAGCCUCAGUGCCACCCAAUUGGGCUCUCAUGCCAUCAAGGCUGCUGUCGAGCGAGUCCCACAGAUCAAGCCUGAAGAUGUCGAUGAGGUCUUCUUCGGGAACGUGCUCUCGGCCAACCUCGGCCAGGCACCGGCUCGCCAAUGCGCCAUCAACGCGGGGCUCUCAGAAGCCGUCGUGUGCACGACGGUGAACAAAGUCUGCGCAUCCGGCCUCAAGGCGAUCAUACUCGGCGCGCAGACCAUCAUGACGGGCAACGCCUCGAUCGUCGUCGCCGGCGGCACGGAAUCCAUGUCCAACACCCCCCACUACCUGCCGAGUCUCCGCACGGGCGCCAAGUACGGCGACCAGACGCUCGUCGACGGCGUGCAGAAGGACGGGCUCCGCGACGCGUACGGCAAGCAGGAGCUGAUGGGCAUGCAGGGCGAGCUGUGCAGCCAGGACCACGGGCUCACGCGCGAGAUGCAGGACGAGUACGCCAUCAAGACGUACCAGAAGGCGCAGGCGGCCACCGAGGCGGGCGUCUUCGCGUCCGAGAUCGCCCCCGUCGAGGUCAGCGGCGGGCGCGGCAAGCCGGCCGUCAAGGUCGACCGUGACGAGGAGGUCAAGAACCUCAACGUCGACAAGCUCAAGGCCGUGCGCCCGGCCUUUGUGCCCAACGGCGGCACCGUCACCGCCGCCAACGCCGCGCCCCUCAACGACGGCGCCGCCGCCGUCGUCCUCGUCUCCGAGGCCAAGCUCAAGGAGCUGGGCAUCAAGCCCCUGGCCAGGAUCGUCGGCUGGGGCGACGCCGCCCGCGAGCCCGCCCGCUUCACCACCGCCCCGGCCCUCGCCAUCCCAAAGGCCAUCAAGCACGCCGGCCUGACCGCUGGCGACGUCGACUACUACGAGAUCAACGAGGCCUUCUCCGUCGUCGCCCUCGCCAACAUCAAGCUGCUCGGCCUCGACCCGGAGAGGGUCAACGUCUUCGGCGGCGCCGUCGCCAUCGGCCAUCCGCUGGGCUGCUCCGGCGCCCGCAUCGUCACCACCCUGACCACCGUCUUGCGCGAGAAGAAGGCCAAGAUCGGCGUCGCCGGCAUCUGCAAUGGCGGCGGUGGUGCUUCCGCCAUCGUCAUCGAGAACUUGCAGUGAGCCUGGUGGAGUGGGACAUAGAACGGGCGGGAAAGCUCGGUAAGAACCUAGUAAAACAGGGGAGCGACAUGGUGUGUGUCUGGGACAGCCUGGAUGGGAGCGUUCAUGCAUAAUACUAUCGAGAAGUCUACAACUUCGUUGCAUCGACGGGCAUCCUCAAAAGCUUGCCAAAGUAUAGGUAAUUAAUGGGAAAUUCCAUGAAUAAUGUGGCUUUUUAGCACUAGGAUAACGCGGUAUCUUUUAUGAAGUGCUCCAGUGACCUCCCACGCCUCUCGGGGUUAUCAGUAAACAGGAGAGAGAAAAAGGAAAGGAAAAAAGAAAUGAAGCCAGCAUCGAUCCAUCCAUCGGUCUCAAAAGAAAAAUGGGAAAGAAAAGCGCUUCCAUCCCAUGGAGUAGUGUAC